UACUGGAUAGUUCACUCUUCACGAUCGCUCACACACCAUUUUCUCUCAUUGAUUAUUAUUUCCAUUCGCACACAUGUUCCCCGGUACACACGAAAUUCUUUCGACUAUUAUUUAAUGGUAAAGAUCGAGUGGAGAGGCUGUCGAGUGGCGCAGUGAAAAACGACCGGAAACAUCGCCAAUCUUCGUUGCAGCAACAUCGAUUUCCCGCUCCGCAGCAUCUCGCCGAACCUCACGUUUCCACUGGCAGGAAAAGCUCUUACAGCCGAAACCCGCGUCCUUUGGGCCUGGAAAAAAGCUCCGUCUUCGCACGCCAAACGAUAUUUUCAACGGGCACGAAGUUCCUGGGGAACGCGAAAGGCUCGACCGCCGCGCGCGCUUCGAUUCGACCGGAAACCCCUCUUGGCCGCGUCUUAGCUCGUACACGCGGAGCAUUAUUAAGUAAAUCUGCAUAUUUGCCCACCGGGACAUUCGAACGCGGGGACGAGUGAGCGGAUUUUAUUUACGAAGCUUUUUCCACGGUGCUACUCACGCUCAUGUUUAUAACGCGAUAAAUCAUCGUUACGGUUUUUCCGGAAUUAAUUUAACGGAUAUUUUCAACCUGCAGCCUCCGGCUCGAUUACAUUUAACGCUCCAUUGAGCUCUGCACCGUCCUGGUGUCGGGGCUCGAAUCCGUGUGACGAGGCAGUUGACAUAUCGCGGACGAGUUGGUAUGCGUACAGGUAAAAAGAAGGAGGAACUCGGGCUCGUCGGUGCUUCAUAGCGGCAGUUAUUUUUGUGCUAAUUAAGCGCGCGCCACCGUUCCCAGUUUCCGCGAGUCUAAUUGGCAACGAGGAGUCCGUCCGGUGCAGUAAAACGCGGAGACGACGCUCGCUCGAAGAAGUUUCGAGUUAGUGAGAGCCGUCUUAAAGCGAGGAGAAGGAGGAGCGCGAGAAAAUUGGAAAACGAAGGGGACGAUGAGCGGGCUCCUUCGAGCAGCAGGAUUCUUCGCCGAUGAGCUUCACUGCCGCUACGAGGCCAACAGCAUCGCCGCCGCGACUUCACCUCGGUUGUCUUCACCACUGACGAAUUCAUCCUCCGCCGCUCCGUCGCAACCUUGAAUACUUGUAACAUUGAUUUUCGUACUAUCAACGAAGCUGAAGAGACUCGAGCUGCCAAGUUGGGCGAUAACGGUAUCAUUGACAGAGACAGAAAACGGGGGAGCGCUGCUUCGACGAUAAUUCGAACAACCUUAACCUUCUUCUAUGACGAGAUCUAUCGGUACGUGACAAAAUUCGCAGCUAUGACCAGCGGAUCGCAGAAGGGAAAAAAUGCCGUUAAUUCUGAUCAACGGUACAGCUACAUGGCCUGCCCGUUGCACGACGCUGAACUUCGGGGAGAAAAGCUCGAGCAGUGGUGACGGCGGUGGCUCGGGACGCACAGGAAUCGGGUCUUACGGGAUCGUGGCCGGCUCGGUCGGUAGCACAGGCGGAGUCGGCGGCUCCUCCAUCGGCCCGGGCGGCCCCCGUCUCGGUAUCAGGCCCAGUAUCGGCACCGCUGCUGGCCGCGGGCCCAUUAGGCGCAGCCGCGAAUUCGGCUACUACCCGAUGGAGGAACACCCCAGCCACGCUUAUCGCACUCAUCUCUUCCUGUCGCCACCCACAGGUGCCCCCGAUGAUAACGAAACGCGUGGCCUCGGACCCGGACCGCGUCGCAACUCCGGACCCCACGUCAUCAAAUGGGGAGGCGGCGGCGGAAAUCCGGCCAACAAUAAUAAUCCACCCCAACAGAGCGCAACCAAUGCCAAUGCCAAUGCCAAUCUCACCUCCCCUGGGACCACUAAUGCCAACAAGAGGAAACAACAGAACGGCAAUCUCGGCAAGGACUCCUCGGAACCGCCUACACCUACUGCCUCCAGACAGGUAUCCUUCAGCGGCAAUCGUCCAGUGGGAAUCUACACGCCACUCAUAGUUUCCGGGAACAGCCCUCCCCGGGGCGAGCCUAUAUCACUGGCCACGCUGGACCGCGACUGCUUCAUCAUACCCCUCGCCUCACUCGAGCGUUUCCUGCCAGCUGGAGUCCCGCACGCGCCUAUAGCCGACAAGAAAAGAUCGGGGAGCCCGUUGUCGGUCCUCGAAGUCGAGGACCCGAAGCAAUGUGUCCUCGCGCACUUCAUGACCCCUCUGGAGCCGCUGGAUCCCCUGGUGGAGUCGCCGAUCGCUCGGCCUUUGGUACUACAACGCGAUACUGCCGCUGAACUCAUUGCUGAAAUCGCGCCCUCGGCUUCACAGAGUAUCUUGCUCACGAAUAUGGAGAGAAAUGCGGACUUUCCGUUCAUCACGUACUACUUGAUAAACAAACACAGCACGGAUCCAUCGGAUUUCUAUCAAGAGGUGCAGUGCGCAGCAUUGCGAAAGUUCGAUCCGCGCGACUUGCGUUACGCAGCGAGUCACACGUUGGAUUUGUUCAACGAAGUGGCGACGAUAGCGAGGCCACCGUUGGAGCCCCCGGGUGGUAGGCCACCAAUUCCGUCCACCGGCUACAUCGUUUCUAUUUUCAAAGUUUUCGAGGGCGACGACGGUCUCAAGUUCGAGCAAAACUGGCUCUACUGGACCGGUGCGCGGAUGAUUUAUCGUUAUCUGCCAAAGUCCGUGGGACUGAAACGCAUAACUCUGCACAAAUCGAUGUCUCAGGGUGACAAGAUGUAUUUGCUGAUCUGCGAGUGUUCUCAGCUUCAGGAUAAUUUAUCAGCAGCAGCGAUAUUACUGCCCGCGUUGCGGGCGCGUCUCUGCGGUUACACGGGCCUGUACAGGCCGUCGGUGUGCUUCUGAUUUCGGUACUGCACAAUGAUAUUUCUCCUAACUACGAUAAGCGAUAUUAUUAUGUAACGAUAAAAUUUAGAUAAGCGAUUACUGGCUGACUAGGCGCUCGAUUUUUCUACUCAAGUCACCAUAAAACCUACGGGAAAGCGUGCACAAUUGUAAUAUGAGAGUGAAAAGAAAACAAAACAAAAAAGGAACGAGAAAAGGAAGAAUCUUCAUCUCGAUCGCCAACAAAUACUACGUGCAUUAAAAAGCAAACAUUUAAACUUAAAAAAAAAAACACCGAUAACAAAGCAAACGAAUAAAGCAACACAUUUUUACAACGGCUUCUACAAUUAACGACAUAUCAUGUUUGAUGAGCUGUGAUAUCAAAAACAAACAAAAAAUUACAAGAAAAGAGAAUAAAAAUCACGUGUCACGCUGCAAACGCGAUUAGUGAGAAAUUCGUUCGUGCGUAUUGCGUUCAACACGUAGCCGCAGAUUGAUCGUUCAUUUAUUGGAAAUGAGAGAGAGAGAGAGAAAAAAAAUACACCGCAAACAAAGAAAACAAAAAUCGUGAGUUUAAAACCACGAGAGCCGAAGUUAGAAGAUUUUCGAGACACGAGUAUACGGUAGACAAGUUUUUCGUCCAAAAUUAGAUUUAAACUUUGCUUUUCGUCGACUUCAAACAAUAAUUGGGGAAAGAAAAUUAACGGAUAGAAACAAAGAGUGUGGCAUUAGUGGUCCCAUGGUACCAAAAUGCGUGCGAGACUUUUUCAAUUUUUCUAGUCAAAUUUCUCAGUGAUCUUAGGAAAUGUGCAUCGUUGAAAAAACAAAACAAAAAAAAAACAAAAACAAAAAAAAUAACAAUAAAAUAAGAAAAGUAAAUAUUCGAUAAACUUUUUAGCUCUCCGAAAUUUGACAUUAAAACUUAUGAUAAAUUUGGAAAGAGAAAAUAAAAAAUAGCGUUUAGUAGUACAAAUCAACUACUAGAGUCAAUACGCUUGUUGCAAUACAGAGACAAUAGAUAGAUUAUUGCGCAGGCGCAAUCUUUGACUAAUACUAUAUGAAUACGGUUAUAAAUAAUAAUAAUAAAAACAAUAAUCUUAGUAUUAAUAAUAAUGUAAUAUAAUAUUCCAUAGUUGUAGUGUUUUUAUUAAAAAUCAAUUGUUUGUCAUGAAACGAGAAAAAAAGAAAGAUGAGAAAAUGAAACUAAACGAAAAGAAAAUACCAUUGUACACUCACCGACCAUAUAUGAAACAAGAGCCCUAAGUCUAUUUUAAGAGCCUUGCAAUUGUACUGUGAUUCACGUGUAUCGCGAAUAUCUCUCGAUACACACAUACAUUAUAUAUUAUACGAUUAAACACACAAAAAAACUGUGAUUGUAUAAUAUUGAAAACAUAACGUGUUUCACCAUAACGAACACUCAUGUCGUUUCGCUUACAUUACUACCUUAUUGUUUCGUCGUUUUCCGGCGUGUGUCGGCGUACACGCACGGAUUCGCGAGCCACGGGGGGGUUGACGUUUGUUUUGGGAACUUUAGAAAAACGCGCGAAAAUCGAUUUCCGAACCUCCAAAAUAGUGAUUCUGUUGCGACAAAUAAUACGUUUCGUGACUCCGUGGAAACGACUUUUUUUAUGUUGCGCUUUUGUCGUUUUUUUCAACUUCACCACCCUAAAAAUGUUAAACUGAAUGCUUCGUGGUCUCUUGUCGCACGGUGACUCUAGAUACUUUUAUCAACAAUGUUUGAUUUUCAUACGUUCCGUGAAAACGGUGAGUUUGGGUUGAUUUUUUCGGAACGGUUGAGUCUACGUCAAAUUUCUUCGAAUGCUGUGCCAAUUUAUCGAUUACUAAUUCAUUUAUUCUUUAUGUAUUUUGAGUUUUUUUUUUGCAAGAUUCGUUUGUUCAAUAACUACUCAUAAUGAUUCCGAAUCUUCGUCAUUUUGAAUAUAAUUGAUAUGAAAAAUAAAAAAACUGUCACGAGGGCGAAACUGUUCACGUCCUCAAAGUUUCCAAACUGCUUUGUCAUUUUACUGUUAUGAAAAAAGAAGACCUCGCGAAGCGAAUGAAAAAAAUUGUAUUUUCAAUGAAUUAGUGUGGAAAUGAACUCGUUACUCGAGUAUAACGGAAAGGAUUGAAUUCAAAAAUGAAUUUUGUAAAAAGAAACACAAGUACAUCGAAAAACAUGACCAUUUAAUCUGAAUACAUUGCAUCAAGAUUUUUGAUCACGUUAUUGCCGAUUUUUCUAAAUGAAGUAAAAAUUGAAGGGAAUAAAUAAAAUGAUAUAAAAGCUAAAAUGGAUAAAAUAAAUUAAGAACACACUGAAAAAAUUUCGCCACACGUUUAUAGCAGAUUCAUUACGAGUAAUUAAGCUUAAGAAUUAUUUACCGAUUUAUGUACAGCUCAAAUAACGCUACGACGAAAUAAAUCACUUCGAUCACAAA